AUGCCAGGCAGACGACGCGACAAGUUCUUGCGGUGGUUUCGGCCCCUGGAUCGAAAUUUAAUCGGGAGGGAUCAUCCGUCGCCAGGCUCUCAGUCUUUGUCUGUCUUAGCUCCCCCUCCACAAACCACUGUCCCAGAACUGACUGCGAAUUUCUACACUCAAAUCGCUUCCUCGUUUCAACCUCCGGAGAACACGCCCUCCAAGACGCAAUGGUCGCGCAAGUUUGGCUGGAUAGCUUUGACACAGACAUUAGCCCUUGUCAAGGAGGUUUCCGACCCUUUCCCCCCUUUGAAGGCGGCUGUAAGUGGGCUGUUGGUAGCGAUGGAUAGGAUAGAUGUAAGCAAGGUUCCCCUUCUGUUGGUACGACUUGAACAGCAAUAA